AUGAAGGGCCUAGCGACGAUGAUGCAGCAGUUGCUCCAGGGUCAGAAAAUUCAAGGGAAGGCGUUGAAUCAGGCCACCACGGUCAUCAACUCAAGGAUGAACCACAUGUUCAAUGACUUGAGAUCGCGCAUAUGCGUCAGAUGGACGUAUGACAAUGUAGCUAGCCAUAUGCGUCAGAUGGACGUUCAGAUCGCGCAUACAGCCGAUAGCGUCAAGAGACAACAAGGUACUCUACGUGGAAAGACCGACAAAAAUCUAAAGGAAUGCAGUGCCGUAGCACUAAGGAGUGGAAGAACACUGCCGGAUGCAGCCCCUAAAAAACUAUCAGCAGCAGAGAAGGGCAAGCAAAAGGAGGGCGAGCAACCACAAUCCGAAGCUGGUCCUUAUCUGACGAGGAACCGGAACAGUCUACUGAGACGGAUCCAAACUCUGCUGCUACACCUGUUGAGCCUGUUCCUUCACGCGAAUACACUCCUAAGGUUCCAUACCCUGUUCCAGCAAAGACUUCUCGCAAGGAUAGGGAGGAGACAAAGUAUCACUGGGGACAGUGAGCUAUUGUUUGUUUCAAAGGAGUGCAGUGCAGUGCUUCAGAACAAGCAGAUCAAGAAGUUGGGUGAUCAAGGAAGUUCAAGUGUCAACCUCAUGCCUUACUCGGUGGCAAAACAACUGGGUUUCACAGACUUCAAACCAACAAGAAUCUCCCUGGUGUUCGCGGACACAUCAGUCAAGUUACCGGUGGGUAUUCUAGAAGAUCUCCAUGUUCGAGUGGGAAACACCUUUGUUCCGACAGAUUUUUUUGGUUCUAGAGGUUGA